GCAGAGAGAGGGGGGAGCCGACCUGGAGACGGAUCAUGGCGGCGCCGCUCGGACGGGACACCCUGCCCGACCACUGGUCCUACGGAGUUUGCAGAGAUGGACGGGUCUUCUUCAUUAACGAUAAAACUCGUGGCACCACUUGGCUGCAUCCACGCACUGGCGAACCUGUUAACUCGGGACAUAUGAUCCGUUCAGAUUUGCCAAGAGGAUGGGAAGAGGGCUUCACGGAUGAAGGAGCCAGUUACUUCAUCAACCACAACCUGAGGACCACUUCAUUUCGGCAUCCUGUGACCGGACAGAUUUCUCCUGAAAACACGGAAUACACAUUGCAAGAUAGGAUCGAGUCCCGUAUGUCCAAGUCAGCGGCCAAUCAGAGAUCCCCCAGCAUGGUCACAGAAUCCUCCAAAGCUGUGACCUCAGCAGCAGCGGAUGUCACGUCAGGGUCAAAGGGCUCCAGAGGAAUGAGUAAAACGCACAGUUUUGGCAAGAGGGAUCAUGCUAUUAAAAGAAACCUCAACAUCCCAGUGGUAGUAAGAGGUUGGCUCUACAAACAGGACAGCUCUGGAAUGCGACUGUGGAAAAGGAAGUGGUUUGUUUUGUCGGACUUCUGCUUAUUUUAUUACAAAGACAGCAGGGAGGAAACAGUGCUCGGUAGCAUCCCUCUGCCCAGUUAUGUCAUUGCACCGGUGGAACCUGAUGACCACAUAAACCGCAAAUACGCUUUCAAGGCGAGCCACACUGGAAUGCGCUCCUACAUUUACAAUAAGAACUCUGUGAUUGGCUCACAGGCAGAACACUGCGGGAUGCGGACGUAUUUUUUCAGUGCAGACACACAGGAGGACAUGAAUGGCUGGAUCCGGGCCAUGAACCAGGCUGCGCUGAUGCAGCAGAGUCACACUAUAAAGAGAGAGGUGGAGAGGCCAGAGAAAGUAGCACAAUCAGCAGUCGCGCAGACAAACCACAUCCACGUCACCCAGAAGUCAACUCAGCCGGAGAGCCUUCACAGGACAGACAGACAGGAACAUCAGGAUAAUGGCAUCAGACUGGCUCAAGGGGAUGAGGGGAGGUAUAGAUUGGAGAUCCAGGGGAAGCCUGGCCAGUCGGCCCCACAGGAAAGACUGUCCCCAGACAAUGUCAAUGGCGUCACGCACAAGAAUGGACAGCAGACUGUAAUUCAAGUGGCUUUACCACCGGAACAAAACGGAAAUGUUGUCUAUCAGAGGGGUUUUGUUUCACGGCCAGAAACCGAAAAACAUGUUCAGAGGAAGAAUACGUUGGCUCAGGUGGAGCAGUGGGUCAAAGUUCAUAAAGUGGAUGCGCCAAAAAGCGCUCUCUCAGCUGAGUACAACCUCCCUCGGCGGACUCCUCCUUUAAAGCCCAAAUCCAGCACAGCAGAUGCCACCUAUCAGUCAUUGCCAAAGUCUCACCGUCUCCCAUCUGGCAGCAGCUCUCCUCCAGCAGCAUGUAAACUGCCCAGCGACUAUAAGUACGCUCAUGACCGGGUCAGCCACUUCCGCAUGUCCACUGAUGAGCGAAUGGCCACCAAGGAGGGGAUGGUGUGGCAGCUUUAUGAGUGGCAGCAACGACAGCAGUUCCGUCACGGCAGCCCCACCGCUCCCAUUUACACUGGCCCUAACUUCACAGACUCUUCCUCUUUCAGAGUUACCGUGGAGAUGCCACGCUCCAUCUCUGUCCCUCCAUCACCAUGUGAAGUCCCACCCUCGAUCCCCUCUUCCUUCAAACCCCUGUCCCCACGCAGGCCACACACCCCUUCAGACAGACGCACAAUGAGGCCCCUGGACGAUGUUGCGCCUGGUGACAGCACAAGAUCGAGCUCACCUGGCCAUAUUUGUGCCCAUCUUUCUCAGACUUCCCAAAUGGAGAGACGGUCCGUGCCGUCCAUGGGCUACAUCACACACACCGUCAGUGCUCCCAGCUUGCAUGGCAAAACGCCAGAGGAGCUGACUCUGCUCCUCAUUCAACUUCGGAGGCACCAGGCCAAGAUGGCUGGCGUGCAUAGCCCCAGCAAUGCGUUCGCUCACCUGCAGCAUCCACAGCACAACGGCCUUCUGGGCCCCAGCAUGCAGGCUGAUGAUACUUACAUACAACUGAAGAAGGACCUGGAGUAUCUAGAUCUGAAGGUCACUGGACGGGAGAGUUUCAAAAAAGAGAGAACAUCAAGGCCGGUGAAAAUAGCAGAGAGUGACGCUGAUGUGAAAUUAAGUCGACUGUGUGAACAAGACAAAAUUCUCCAGGAGCUAGAAGCCAGGAUAUGCACUUUGAAAGAGGAUAAGGACAAGUUGGAGUCUGUGCUGGAUGUUUCCCACCAGCAGAUGGAGGAGUAUAAAGAUCAGCCGGCUCACGCUGAGAAAAUUGCCUAUCAGCAGAAAUUGCUUCAAGAGGAUGUGGUCCACAUCAGGGCUGAAAUAUCGAAGUUCUCCACAGAGAUGGAAAACGCCUGGAAUGAGUACUGCCAACUGGAGAGAGAUGUGGACUGGCUGAAGUCAGCCCUGCAGGGACAGAUGAACCGCAUUGAUCUUUCUCAGCAAGAGAAAGUUCAGAUCAGAAAGGAACUGUGGAGGAUUGAGGAUGUUAUCGCAGGCCUCAGCACCAGUAAAGCCAACUACAAAGUCACUAUCUCCUCUAUUACCAACCCAGCAUGUUCUUACGCACUGAAUUCCCCAGAGAGGAAAUUUGUGCCUUCGGUGUCGGUGUCAUCAGUGCCUUCUGUGUCUGGGAGCUCGUCUGCUAUGGAGAUGAGAUUGUUCCAGCAGCAGCAGCAGCAGAGCCCCAGUAACCAAGACCCCACCCUUUCUGGCAAACCCAGCGAGCAGCCCUUACACCAUUCUCCAGCUGUUUUCAGUGGGUUUAAAUGGUUAUUUUGUGUGCAGAGUGAGGACGAUGUGCCUCCCAGACCUCCUCUACCUCAGCUAUACAGCCCUGACGAGAAUCCCCCCGCUGUGCCGCCGUUGCCCCGGGAGACGACAGUCAUCAGACACACUUCCGUACGUGGCCUCAAACGACAGUCAGAUGAACGCAAAAGGGACCGAGAGAUUGGCCAGUACACAAACGGGGACGGCAAGUCGGAACUCAGACCUUUCCUGAGUGAUCCAGAGCUCAUGGGAGCUGGAGAUGGCUCCAGUCACAUCAGUGUUGUAGUAUCCAGUCAUGAUGGAGGUUACCAGACUUUACCUAGUAGAGGAGUGGCUGGCUCCUCUCUGAGAGUGAAUCAGUCUUCGAGCAUCUCCUCAUAUGUGACUCUCCGGAGAUCAGCCUCAGCAGUUGGGGUGAAGGAGAGACCAAAAAGUGCCUUGGAGCGUCUGUACUCCGGGGACGGGUCGCAGCAGCAGAGGGGGAAGAUGAGCGCCGAUGAGCAGCUGGAGAGGAUGAAGAGGCACCAGAAGGCCCUUGUCCGCCAGCGCAAACGCACCCUGAGUCACGGCGAUCGUCACGCAUCCCCAUCACCGCGCGCCUCCUCCUCACGCCCACUUUCAGCCGACUUGGGAUCAUGGAAGCGAGAGCAGGAGUUUGACCUGCAGUUGCUUGAGAGAGCGGUUCAGGGGGAGGAGGAUCAGGCAGUUAGGAGUGUCCAGGGGGAGGAAAGACCUCCCGAACACAAAGAGAGAGCCCGCUCACACUCUGAUGAAUGGCUGACCUUCCACACCGAGGCCACAACCCCAGCCAAGCAAGAGUUUGACCUAGAACCACUGGACUAUGACCUGGACCUCAACAAGGAGCUCUCCAAGCCUCAGAAGGUUUCGAUUCCAGAGCGCUACGUAGAUCCAGAGCCUGAGGAGCUGCUCAGCCCUCAGGAGGUGGAGGAGCGGCAUCGGAAUGUGGAACGCAUCAAAAGCCUUUUGGCCAAGUCCAGCGUGCAAAACAUAGCGCCGGCAGUGUCAGUGGACAAACCAGAGGCAGGGCUGGUGGCACUCGAUUCAGCUCUGCAGGAGCAGGAGAGGAUCAUCACCAUGUCCUACGCUCUCGCCUCAGAGGCUUCACUCAAGAGCAAACUAGUGGCAGCUCAAGCUAUUUCUGGACACUGAGGUGCUACUCCACUAUGACAACAGACUACUGGAUUCUGCAAGAAAACAGUUUGUUUGAUCUGGACUUUUUUAUAUGCAGCAAUAAAUAACAGGUAGCGAACAUUUAACUUGAGGCUCACUGGGCAAUUUGAAACUGAGUUUCUCAGUGCUGGAAGUGUUUUUCUUUCCUGAUAAAAACUGACACUGUGGGAGUUGUUGUAAUUACAGUAUCAACUUGGAAGUGUCUAACAAAUGUCAUGAUAAUAAAGAUUAUUUUCUCCACGUUACUGCACUUUUGUACACUGUAUGAUAUUUUCAUGUUAUGAUGAUUGCUUUUUCUUGAAGUAGGAGGUAAAGUAGAUUUUUCUUUUCUUCAAGUAAAGAAUAUUAUGAGCAAGAGUUAGUGAAUGCAUCAUGAACAUAUUAUUUUUUAUCAAUAAUAUUCUUACACCAAACCAACCGAAAUGUCAUGUAUGUACUUUACCUGUAGCACUGCCACCCUUCCUUAGGCUUGCCAAGAUGAAUUAUAUUUUUGCUGACAACAGGAUGAAAAAACCUCUGAGAUAUUUUUUCUGUGACUUUGGAAGGUUGGACAGAUGAAAUUUAUAAACUUGUGAACAUUAAAGAUAUUAACUCAGUAUCUGCUUCAUCAUAG